AUGGCCCACCAAGCACACGCAUACCACAUGGUAGACCCAAGCCCCUGACCACUAACCGGAGCAGUUGGAGCCCUACUCCUGACGUCCGGCACCGCAAUCUGAUUCCACUUCCACUCAAUUACCCUAAUAACUCUAGGAACCGUUCUAACACUUCUCACCAUGUACCAGUGAUGGCGAGAUAUUGUACGAGAAGGGACAUUCCAAGGUCACCACACCCCUCCUGUACAAAAAGGACUGCGCUAUGGUAUGAUCUUAUUCAUUACAUCCGAAGUAUUCUUCUUUGCCGGAUUCUUCUGAGCAUUUUAUCACUCGAGCUUGGCACCCACCCCUGAACUAGGGGGAUGCUGACCCCCCACAGGCAUUACCGCCCUUGAUCCAUUCGAGGUCCCUCUUUUAAACACAGCAGUACUCCUAGCCUCCGGAGUAACCGUCACCUGAGCCCACCACAGCCUAAUAGAAGGAGAACGGAAACAGGCAAUUCAGUCCCUUGCUUUGACCAUCUUACUUGGGUUCUACUUUACCUUCCUACAGGCCCUGGAAUACUAUGAAGCCCCCUUUACUAUUGCAGAUGGUGUUUAUGGCUCAACUUUCUUUGUAGCCACAGGAUUCCACGGCCUACAUGUUAUCAUCGGCUCUUCAUUCCUGGCAGUCUGUUUUGUACGCCAAGUACUUUACCAUUUUACCUCGGCCCACCACUUUGGGUUUGAGGCAGCCGCCUGAUACUGACACUUCGUUGACGUAGUAUGAUUAUUCCUAUACGUCUCUAUCUACUGAUGAGGAUCAUA